CUUGUUAUUAAUUUAAGUGUUCACGGCAUUCGUAAAUAAAAUACUUGCUUAAUACAUUUUGAAUCGUGCAUCGUCUUACAAACUUCUUUCGGCCAAACAAAUUUCUACGAUUACAGCAAGUAAAGUCAGAAAUCAGCGCAGAUGACUAGUAGAACACCCGAUUACCGGAUUACAAAAUAUUAAAACAUUGAAAAAAUAAUUCUGCACCCACGCAAUGAAAAGAAAAGAUACUGUAAUACUUCUCUAAAAGGUUUUUUUAUUAAGAAAAUCUGGUCACCUUACUAAUAUUCAGCCUCAAUAAUUGUUAAAAUUUAUGCAAAUAUAAGCACAAGGAAACGAUCGGUUUGGCUGGCUUGAUGUUUCUUUCGUAAAGAGAACUCGCGUCAAAAGCAGACGGUUUGCUGUUUUCGCAAAGAAGGAGGAAAAAAGGAUAAGCUUAUUUAAUUUUGUGGAAAGUUCACAUUACAUUAUUGCCUUCGACUCUUGUCUUGAUUUGUUCUUUUCACAAUGAAUCCGCUUACAAAUAUGAGAAAUGUGCUAAAACUAAGCGAACUGGAAUUGCGAAGGACAUCAGAGAAGGGAUCUUGGCAUGACAUGUAUAAGAACUCUGCGUGGAUAUUUGUGGGAGGUUUUCCAUAUACCUUAACUGAAGGCGAUCUAAUUUGUAUAUUCUCCCAGUAUGGUGAAAUUGUUAACAUUAACUUGGUACGCGAUAAAGAUACGGGUAAAUCCAAAGGGUUUUGCUUCAUAUGCUACGACGAUCAGCGUUCUACGAUUUUGGCAAUCGAUAACUUAAAUGGAAUCAAAAUUUUAGGAAAUAGCUUAAGGGUCGAUCAUGUAGCAGAUUAUAAGCCACCGAAGGAAAAAAAUAAGAACAAAGGAGGGUUUGCGAAAUAAUGCUGAAAGUUAUGUUCCUGUUUCGCGGCCGUGAUGAGGUAUGUGACAAAGACGGAUCUACUUCUGUAAACUUCGGAGGCACUUGUAAUCUAAUAUUUGUGUAUACAGUAUUCAAUUUUUGGCUUUUAAUUCCAUUUUUUGCGCUUAAAUACGAUCUUGAUAAAUAGCUACUUA